ACGGACCCUAGCUGUCUAUCGAAAUGCUGGACAAAUAAGCACUAGUGUGCACGGAGAUCGAAUGUGUUAUUAACCUUAGAAUUAAUAGUAUUGCUAGAAUUAUCUGUCGGGCAGAGAAAAGUAUAUUAUUGUGUUGCACUGUCGAAACAAAGGUUGAGGGCAAAACAAAAAUAUCAAAGUGCAGUCACUGAAAAAGUACUUGGAAUUAAAAGAACUGCAAAGGUUCCAGCAUGUAUCACAACAGUUCGCAGAAGAAAUACUGGACAUUUGACAAGGAGGAGACUUUGGAAAGACUGAGAUACCAGGCCAACCAGAAGUGUCGUGAAAAAAUCCUUAGUAGCGGGAAGGCUGGGGUGAAUGAAUCCUUCCUUCUGGAUCCCCUUGAGGAAGAUGUUCUGUUCAGACACUACGAGAAGCGGCUUCUCGACUUCUGCGCUGCUUUCAAACCCAUCAUGCCCAAGUCUGUUGUGGGCACAGCGAAUAUGUAUUUUCGAAGAUUUUACCUGAACAAUUCCUUAAUGGAAUAUCAUCCUAGGACCAUCAUGCUGACCUGUACGUACCUGGCCUGCAAGGUGGAUGAGUUCAACGUGUCGAGCUCUCAGUUCGUGGGGAACCUGCAGGAGAACCCGGCCGGGCAGGAGAAGGCCCUGGAGCAGAUCCUGGAGUACGAGCUCCUCCUCAUCCAGCAGCUCAACUUCCACCUGGUGGUGCACAACCCCUAUAGGCCCAUGGAGGGCUUCCUCAUCGACCUCAAGACGAGGUACGUGACGCUGGAGAACCCGGAGGUUCUGCGCAAGACGGCGGACGACUUCCUGAACCGGGCCACCAUGACGGACGCGGGCCUCCUGUUCUCGCCGUCGCAGAUCGCCCUGACGGCCGUGCUCAACAGCGCCUCCCGGGCCGGGCUCAACAUGGAGAGCUAUCUGACAGAAUGCAUGGGGCUGAAGGAGGACAAGGAAACCCUUUCAAAGAUGAUUGAUUCCAUGAGACGGAUAAAAAACCACGUUAAGAAAUACGAGCCCCCGAACCUGCAGGACGUCGUCGCUUGCAAACAGAAGCUGGAGCGGAUCCACGCGGAUUUCGUUACGAACACAAACUCAAAAAGGAAGAGGGGGUAUGAAGACGACGACCAUGUCACCAAACAUCACCACGUCGCAGAGGAGGAAUGGACUGAUGAAGAUCUGGAGUCUCUCUGAAGAAUGAACCAAGAGCACGUUCAUUAGCAGUUUCUUAGAGCUGCUUGCUUGGAGAGUGCAAAAAUAUUUGACCUGUAUCAGUGCCACUUAAAUAGAAAAUGCUUUUGUAAAGCAGAGGAGAACGACUGUCUGUGUGGUCAAUGUUAAGGCUGGCUGCCAAUUAAGUUUUCUUUGUUCAAAUUUUCAAAUAUGUUGUCUUAUUCCAUUUUUCUUGCAGUGGCAGCAGGGUCUAUGUUCUUAAUAUUAGUUAAAUUUGUUUUUUGUAGGUUUAUUCAUAAAUAUUAAAGCCUUUGUGAAAACAUUGCUUUUUGUAUGGCUUACCAUGCUUACAGACAUUUCUUUAAAAAUGUACAUGUAAAUACUAAGGGUCAAAGAUUUGUCUCUGAAGUUUUGUGAAUAUUCUUCAUCAUACUGGCUUCUUAAAAGGUUACAGAACAAUUGUGUAGGAGUCUGAAACACUUUGAAUACUCCCAUCUUGGGAGUUUAACUCAUUUUUAAUGUCCACACAAUACAUUUCCUUAAGACGUAUAAAAAACUAGGAAUUAACAUUCAAAGUAUAUUCAACACACAGCUAGUGAAUUCCAUGAAAUUUCAGAAACUUGGCCACUUAAAAGUCUUACCUGAAGCAGCCAUUUGACGUAAUUUGGAAAAUAACAAAUUAAGAUAAUUAAAUAAUUAAGCUUACUCUCUAUGUUUUUCAAUAAAACAUUUUUCAUCAUAUAAAUCUCGGAAAUAAUUUAAGGUUAGAGCAAGGGUUAGGUUAAUUUAGGGUUCAGGGGAUUAAGUUUUAAAGACAUUUCUGAUGAAAAAGUGAUUUCCGUGGAAUAUUAGACUAUAGUCUUGUGCCUGAAACGUGAACAAAUUUUAAAUAUGUAUUUUUUUCAUUCAGGCAGAUGGGAAAUGAUGUUUGUUCAACAACCACAGUGAAAUAAAUGAAUAAAGAAAAUAUGCUUGGAGGACAUUUAUAUGGACAAAUGAGAUUCAGUGGAAAAUGAAUACACAAUAUGUCUUAUGUCUAAAACAUGAAGAAAUGGCACAAAAUUUAAAUAAACAGCUGUGCAGCUGAGACCACAAGAUUUAAUUGCUAAAAUGGUAAUGAACUACUGCCAUUUGUUGAGCCCGAAUAUACUCCUGUAAAAACAUGUAAAUAUUAAUUGUGAACCUGGAAUACACUACAGCGAAGCUUAAUAAAGCAAGACCCUCCGUUGUGCAGGCAUGGAUAGAGCUGUGUUCUGACAUCUCAGACUGUAUUUUAAAAUAGCUAAUUUUAAUUGUUUACUAUAUACUUUGUGUUAUUUAGUCCAGAAUAUAUAACAUGUAUCGCAAUGUGCGCUUGUUGAUUUUGCCUGUCCAGGGUGUAUUCCUGCCUCUCGCCCAAUGCACGCUGGGUUGGGGCUCCAGAACGCCCCGCGACCCUGCUCAGGAUAAGUGGGUAUAGAUAAUGGAUGGAUAGUCUGAGAAGUCCUAUGAAUGUUCUUACUUUAUCAUACUAGCUGCAUUCUCUCAGUAGGUGGCAGAAAAUGUACCUUUGAGGACUGAAAACUCCCAAAUAUCGGAAUGUCAGUGUCAUUUGUAGCCACACCAAGACUCAGAACUAUAUUUUCAGGGGAGCAGUGCCUUAGAUGUUCAUUUUCAGUGUCUUCACUGAACAUCUUACCUAAACUAAAAACAGCCAGCUGUAACUUAAGAUACUGACCGAUACUA